UAAUUUAAAUUUAAAUUAAUAUUUAUAGUAUAAUAUCCGACUAGAAUUGUUAAUAAUUAAAAAUCUCUUUGUAAACUUAAGAAUUUCAUUUAAAAAAAUCUAGGUGUUUCUACUUAUUAUUAUCUUAUCAAGUAUCAAAUAGAUGAUGAGUUCUUUUGAUUUGUACAUGUCAGUGAAUCAUUAUAAGAUUCAAGUAGAUAUGAACAAAGUAUAAAUGUUAGAUUUUCAAUAAUAUAGUAUGGCUUUUUAAUAAUGUAAUUAUGGCAUUUAAUAAAAUUGUAUUAUUGAUGAUAUGGUGCGAAUUACAAUUAAUAUGGUCGCAAACAACUAUACCAAAAUCACUCAGAGAAUGUUAUAGAAACAAUGCAAUAUUAAAUCCCCGACUUCCAUUGAACUUGCGUAUAUUAGUAGACAUCAUACAGAAAAUGGAAAAACAAUGUUAUUCAAUAACAGAUAUGAGAAUAAUGUCUUCAUCAAUAUUACACAGAUUUAAGUUCGAUGGUGUUGAAUAUCAAGAGAAUAUUCAAGUUACAGAAAAUGUACUUCCAUUCAGUGGGACUGGUACACAACAUAUUAAACAUGAAUUGAUAAAAGAAUUAGUUCCAGGAAAUACAAAAGCUUUGCCAGUUCAUAUACUUUCACAAGAAGAGCGAUGUAUGCUUCAUGAAGCUAUUUCAAAUACAAUUUUGGAACCUUACAAUAAAAGCAAACAUAAAUCAUGUAGUCAUAUCAUAGAAAAACUAACAGGUAAUACUAUGUUUAAUGAUACAUGGAAUUGUCCAAGGCAACAAGGAGUGGUUCUAACACAAUAUGGUACUAUUACUCCUGGUGCAAUUAUAGGAGCAAUUGCUGCAUCUCUCCAACAUCAAAAUGUUGCUGUAAAUCAAUUAAUCACAAGCUUGGAUAUAUCUCCUUCAGAAAUGAAUUCUACAGAUACAUAUAGUUUACAAUUUAAUGAAGAAGAGGUCGAUUUUGUUCUUCCAAGAAGUCGAGCGAUUCAUAAACCAUUUAUGUGGUACAAUACUUUAAAUGUUUCAUCUAUGAAAAUUGAUAAUAUAUGGUUGACAACAGUUGCAGGCGAAUUAGCGGAAAUGGUUGUGUACCAAGGACCUUUACUAGCAAAUAAUAUGACUCUCGGUGCAACAGGAUUCUGGCAAAGUAUGAUGCGUCCGACAAUUUAUUAUCUCACAAGUUUACAUAACAAUUUUGAUGUAACUCGAGCUGAAUUAAUAGGAGGCAUUGAUGGGAUGAUUAUUGCAACUUAUUUACCAACCUGGAUUCAGGACUUUUACAGCCUUCGACUUAGUCAAAUUUUGGAAAUGUAUUACUCAUAUGAAGGUGUCACGUUUAAUGCAAAUGUGAAAGCUUGUGAUCGAGCACAAGCCUUUUUAUAUGCAGUGCCAAAGACUAUUUUAAAUGAACAGACUUAUGCCAUAGCUCAGAUGUUAGCUUAUCGUAAAAGCAUUGCGUAUAUUUCUCCUGAAGCAUUGAAACAACUGGUUGAUAUUGCAAUUGAAAAGUUUUAUACUUAUGCAAGGAAUCAUUUGUUCCCUAAGUUACCUUGUCAUCAAAUAAAUCAACCCCAAGUAGAAGCACUGAUUGCAUUUGAUGGUGCAUGGACAAUAGAAUAUACAAUAGACUUUCUUUCAACUCUUAUACAAGAUUUGGAUGUAUCAAUGUAUGGAUCAAAAAUGGGAAUAAUACAUGGUACUUCAGGAAAAUGGAUGUUAAAUGUUACAAACAGUCCAUCAAUCGCGUUUCAAGCAUUAAACAACUUUACUAAUACAACGUGGCCUACGAAAUUUAAUUUUACCCGAGUUUUGGAAACGGUAUCUAUUUACUUGAAAAGAACUUGGGAGUACAAUUACAAAAAUCAAAUAAUUGGAAAUUUUGGUCAGGUAGUUAUACUCUUAAUUCCAUUAGCUCACAUGUCCAAUAAUGAGAAAGAAUCAAUAAUAAUAUUAUUGCGUCAACUAAAACACGCUCAUCCAGAAGUCCAUUUUGUAUAUUAUGUAUCUCCAUAUAACGAAAAUUUAUUUGAAUCAUUUACUUUAUGGGAGGAAGAUUAUAUAAUAAAAAAUUCCAAUAUUGACACUAUUACUCAAUACGUAUCGAGAAUUCCACGAACAUUACGACCUGCGACAGUUGCAGAUGUAAAUAUAAAUAAAAAUGUCAUUCCCCAAUGGGAAGAUUAUAUUAGUCCUUCAAAAUCUAUUACUUACAGAAUACAUUCACACUGGAAACGAAAUAUGAAAAAGAUAGUAGUUACGAUUCAUACUUUUGGCUAUGGUACAAUGAAAGCCUGUGUAUGGGUAGGAUUUAAACCUAAUGAUAAACAAAAUUUGCAAUGUGCAGAAUUAUCUGGUUACAAAGAAGUUACAUUAACUGAUCACUUUAAAUGUACUAGUACUUUGUCUUGUCCUAAUUUUUAUCUUCGUACGCAAAACGUAACUUCUUUAUAUAAAUGUGCAGAAAUCGACUGUAAAACACCGGAUCAAGUAAGAUAUAUCAUAAGAACGAAUCAGCAAAAUGUUCAUUAUGAUAAUUCUGCGGAUAAAAAUGCAGUAUUGAUCUCAUUAAAUAUUUUAGCCUUAUCUGUAUUUCGAGUAUUCAUGUGAAAUUUGUUAUAUUUCAAGUUCUUCUAUGGAUACUUAUAAAAUUUUUUACUAUAAAAUUUAUACUAUUAUAUUGCGUAGAAAUUUAUUUAUUACUUAGAAAAAUACAAAUUUUGUUUUUACUUACAAUUGUUCAGGUAGAUUAAUAAUUGUUAUAUGCAUACUCAUACACAAAUUUGAUGAGGAAUUGAAAAUUACUCGAUGCAGCAAGCUCUCCCAGUUCAGGUUCUACCAAAAGCAUAUCAACUGGCGGAAGAAAUUCGUUUACUUGAUCACCUUGUUAUAAAUAAAACAGAAUAUAUUUUAUUGGUAUAUAUUACUUAACUUAAAUAAUUAAACUAUUUUUUCAAAUCGAAAAUUAAUAAGGUACCAGUAAAAUGUGCAAGGUCCAUUAAUUUGAAAAAUAUUGUUUCUUGUACUUGUUGUUCAGGAUUCUUUCCUAGGGUAUCCCACUGAUCCCGUUUAGCAGCUCGUGCCCAAAUUUGCAAUUUCAAUGACACCUUUUCAUCUUCUUGUUCCACAUAUUCAAGCAAAUCAAGAGCUUUCUUGAAGUCGUACUCAUUUGCAUCAAUAUUAUCCUCAGAUGUGUACAACUACAUCAAUUAUAUAUGUGAAAUUUAUAUCAAAUGUUUUAUAAAAUAAAUGUAUUUUAUAGUCGAAUGAA